AUGCCACUUUCGCACCUGUCGCAUUCACUCACCCUUACAUCCCCGCUCCCUGAGUCAAUCCCUUUCAUCCCCUCUCCCUUGCUCGGGCUCCCCUUCCAUUUCCCCACAAUCUCUCCAGCUCCCCCUUACAUUGCGCCGCCCCGUCUUUUGAGAAUUCUCAAAAAAACAUUCCCUUCCAUUUCCCCACGAUUUCUCGAGCUCCCCCUUACAUUACGCCUCCCUGUAUCAUGGGGAGCUUCCCCCCUUGCCCCCGCGCCAACCCUCCCUUCCCCCCGCGCCAAACCCUCCCUUCCCCCCGCUCCAAUCCUCUCCCCCGCGCCAACCCUCAUUUUCCCCACGCUACCCUUCCCGUUUGAUCCAGGAAACAGGCUGCUAAUGGCGGGGAUGAAUGCGAUGGCUGAGAAGAAGGGGAAGAAGAGAAAGGAGGAGAAGGCCGAUGGGGUUGAGAAAACGAAGAAGGCGAAAAAGAAUGUGACUAAAGAGGGGGAUGCCAAUAAGGAGAGCUUGUCUAUCUUGGCUGUGCCGCGCCAAGUGCAGCUGAAGGUGAAGAAGGGCAAGAUUGCGGAGGAUGCGAAGGCUGUCGCGAAGGAAGCGAAAAUUGCUGCGAAGGCUGCGAAGGGUGCUGCAAAGGACGCGAAGCUUGCCUCGAAGAUUGCUGCGAAGGCUGCGAAAAUUGCUGCGAAGGAUGCGAAGAAUGUUGCGAAGGAUGCGAAGAAUGCUGCGAAGGAUGCGAAGCGUGCUGCAAAGGAAGUGAAGGAAACGAAGGAGGUCAAGACUAAGAUGGAGAGAAAGGAAGUGAAGCAGGAGAAGAAGGGAAAGAAGGGGAAGGAGACCGCGAAAAUUACGGAGAAGAAAGAAAAGGAGGAGACAAAGGAAGUUAAGAAGGGGAGGAAGGAGGAGAAGAAGAUCAAAGACGUGAAAGCGGAGAAGAAGGGAGCGAAGGAGGGGGAGAAGGGGACGGGGAAGGAGAAGGGGAAGGAGGGAGAAAAGACUGGCAAGAAGGGAAAGAAGGGCAAAGAGGAGGUGAAGGAGGAAAGCAGUGAUGAGGAGAUGGAGGAGGCGAGUGAGGAGAGUCAGGAGGAGGAGAGUGAGGAGAGUGAGGAGAGUGAGGAGGAGAGUGAGGAGAGUGAGGAGGAGGAGGAAGAGAGUGAGGAGGAGGAGGAAGAGAGUGAGGAGGUGGAAGAGAAGAAAGUUGUGAAAAAAGAGGAGAGCAGCGAGGAGGAGAGUGAGGAGGAGGAGGAGGAGGAGGAGGAGGAGGAGGAGGAGGAGGAGGAGGAGGAGGAGGAGGAGGAGGAGGAGGAGGAGGAGGAGGAGGAAAAGAAAGUGAAAAAGGAGGAGAGCAGUGAUGAGGAGGAGAGUAGUGAUGAGGAAGAGGAGGAGAGUGAGGAAGAGGAGGAAGAAAAGAAAGUUGUGAAAGAGGAGGAAAGUAGUGAGGAGGAGGAGAGUGAGGAUGAGAGUGAGGAUGAGGAAGAGGAAGAGAAGAAAGUUGUGAAAAAGGUAGCAGCAAAGAAGGAUAGCAGUGAGGAGGAGAGUGAGGAGGAGGAGGAAGAGAAGAAAGUUGUGAAAAAAGAGGAGAGCACUGAGGAAGAUGAGAGUAGUGAGGAAGAGAGUGAGGACGAGGAAGAGGAGGAGGAGGAAGAGGAGGAAGAAAGUUGUGAAAGAGGAGAGCACGAGGAUGAGAGUAGUGAGGAGGAGGAGAGUGAGGAGGAGGAAGAGGAAGAGAAGAAAGUUGUGAAAAAAGAGGAGAGCAGUGAGGAGGAGGAGAGUAGUGAUGAUGAAGAGGAAAGUGAGGAGGAGGAAGAAGAGGAAGAGAAGAAAGUUGUGAAGGAGGAAAGCAGUGAGGAAGAGGAGAGUAGUGAGGAGGAGGAGGAGGAGGAGGAGGAGGAGGAGGAGGAGGAGGAGGAAGGGAAGAAAUUGAGCAGUGAGGAGGAAAGUAGUGAGGAAGAGGAGGAGGAGGAGAGUGAGGAAGAGGAGGAGGAGGAGAGUGAGGAAGAGGAAGAGAAGAAAGUUGUGAAGAAGGAAGAUGAGGAGGAAAGUAGUGAGGAAGAGGAGGAGGAGAGUGAGGAGGAGGAGAGUGAGGAGGAGGAAGAGGAAGAAAAGAAGGUUGUGAAAAAGGAGGAAAGCAGUGAGGAAGAGAGUAGUGAGGAGGAGGAGAGCGAGGAGGAAGAGAAAGCGAAGAAGUCAAAUGUGAAGGAGACCAAGAAGGAAAGAGGGGGUCGGCAGCAGCGGCAGCAGGAGCAACAGGAGGAGCAACAGAAAGAGCAGCAGCAGCAGAAUGGAUGGCAGACAACCCCUGCCAAGGUAUUUGUUUGCGGCAAGGCGGCAAGCUGGGCAGUGCUGCAAGAGCUUCACCGAAAUGCUCUAUUCCAAUGCCUCUUCUACUUCCCCUCCCACCCCACUCUACCCAACUCAGCUCGCAGGCAGCAAGAGGACCUUUGA